CCUCCGGCCUAUUUCCUUUCCCCUUUCCUCUUGUGUAUUAUGCGUUGAAAUGUCGACAGAGAGAAUAUUAACGCGAUGACUUGAGUGCAAGGCCAUCGAUGAAGACGACGACUCCACGAUUAUAAGAGGUGUUCCAGUACUCAUCCCAUUACCAACACUUUUUCCAGGUACCAGCGAAGAAGAAGAAGAAGAAGAAAGAUGAACGACCUCUUCUCUGCCGGCUCCUACCCUGGCUUCUCUCGCUUCCGAGGCGAGCAAGACUACCGGGACCACCAUGUCAUCGAGAUGUCCUCCACCGGCGUCAACCUCGACAAGUUCUUCGAGGACGUGGAGGCCGUCAAGGACAAGCUCAAGGAGCUGGAGAGCCUCUACGAGGCCCUCCGGAGCGCCCACGGGCAGAGCCUCACCCAACACAACGCCAAGGCCGUCAAGGACCUCCGCUCCCGCAUGGACGCCGACGUCGCCCUCGCCCUCAAGAAGGCCAAGCUCGUCAAGGUCAAGCUCGAGGCCCUUGACCGCUCCAACGCCGCCAACCGGAGCCUCCCCGGCUGCGGACCCGGUUCUUCUUCGGACCGGACCCGGACCUCCAUUGUGAACGGGCUCCGGAAGAAGCUCAAGGACUCCAUGGACAGCUUCAAUGGCCUGAGGCAGCAGAUUUCCUCAGAGUACCGGGAGACCGUACAACGGAGGUACUUCACAGUCACCGGUGAAAAUCCUGAUGACAAGACCGUUGACCUUCUCAUGUCCACAGGUGAGAGUGAGACAUUCUUGCGAAAGGCCAUUCAGGAGCAAGGAAGGGGUAGAGUUUUGGAGACCAUACAUGAGAUUCAAGAGAGGCACGACGCUGUGAAGGAGAUGGAGAAGAAUCUGAAAGAGCUACACCAGGUGUUCCUUGACAUGGCCGUCCUGGUCCAGGCUCAAGGCGAGCAAUUAGACGACAUCGCCCUCCACGUGGAGAGGGCUCAUUCGUUCGUGAGGGGCGGAACCCAGCAGUUGCAGACUGCCAGGGUACUCCAGAAGAACAGCCGGAAAUGGCUCUGUUUUGCUACCAUAGUUUUGCUGGCGAUCGUAUUGUUUGUGGUGCUUUUUACAAUCAGGCCGUGAGUGAAUUAAUGACAAACAAAAAUAACAACAACAAUACUACUACUCCUCCCUACUCCGGCAGCAAGCAUAUUGGCCGGGGAGCCAAGGUAGAAAUUUCUUGAAUUAAUGGUGUUUGUGAAUGUUAAUUAGUAUUAGAGCGAAAUGUAGGUGAAUUGAAAUUGUGUAUGCAGAAUUUAAUUUAAUGAUAAUUCAUAGUAAUUCUACA